AUGUCCACGCCAGCAAAACGCCCAGCUCUAGGGAUCUCCGGAACCCAGAAACAAGCUCUUCGAGUCUGGGCGGAAAGUCAAAACCCCCGUCCAUCCCAAUCCCAAUGUUCCGCUUGGUUCGAACGGACCUAUGGACGGAGCCUCUCCCAAUCAACUAUUUCAACAAUCCUCUCCAAAAAGUUCGACCACCUUGAUGCCGGUCCGGCAUCUAAAUUGAGACGUCAAUUAGCACCACAAUGGCCCCUUCUUGAGACACCACUUUGUGAAUGGCUCGCGAGUCAAGAACCUGGCUCAACACCAACAGCUGAUACUAUUAUUACCAAAGCACGCGAAAUCUGGAAUGGAAUUCCGGAAUACCAGACCCUGCCACUUCCUCACUUUAGCAAUGGGUGGUUGAACAGAUUCAAGAAACGAUAUGCCGCUCAUCUCCAUGAUCGCCAAGAUGGCGUGUCUCAACCCCCACCUCAAGCUGGUCGCAAGGAAAUGAAAGCAAUGAAAACGCUAUGUGGUGAAUUCCCAGAAGACGAUAUUUACAACAUGGAUGAGACUGGCCUUUUCUGGCGAAAGCCUCCAUUUGGCGCUUCCCCCACCAUGGAACAAAUGAUAACAAACAGGGAAAACUCCCGCAUCUGCCUCAUGCUCUGUACAAACAGCACUGGGUCAGAUCGGUUACCCCUUUGGGUCAUCGGACAUACGCAUACACCAGAGGCACUUCGGAGGGCUAAUCUCAAAGCCAUGGACUGCCAUUGGCGAUAUCAUCGGCAGGCCUGGCUAACCCAAUCGAUCAUGCAAGAAUGGCUGCUUUUCUUCUACGAACAUGUAGGGCAGCGCAGAGUUUUGCUUCUGCUGGAUAAUCAUCCAGACCACCAAGCUGCCGUCGAGGCUACGCCGCCGCCUCCGAAUGUGCAUCUUCAACUGUUUCCUACCCAAACCCGUGCUUUGAAUGAGCAGCAACCGAUCAACUUGGGAAUUUCUCAGACUUUCAAACACUACUAUCGCAGGCAAUGGCUUGCGUACAUUGUGGCAGGUAUGGAAUCUCCCCAAAACCCAGUCCACAUGAUGAGUCUUUAUCACACCAUGUCCUGGGCCACCCGGAUCUGGCGUCAUGACGUUGCAAACGCGAUUAUUUACAGAGCAUUCCGGAAGAGCCAUCUUAUGGACCCACAGAUCGAGUUCAUCACAGCUCCAAAAUCACCCGAUCUGACAGCUCUCUACGAGACCGUCACACAAAAUAAUCCUGAUGGUCGACCGGUCACCAGCCUUGAAAAUUUCACUCAUCCUGUGGACGAGGAUUUCGAAUCUGUUUUAAAUGUUGCUGGGUUUAUCGUUGAUGGUGAAACUACUCUACAGGAACUGGAUGACGCUAUUGUUUCCAUCCCGUUGGAGCAACUAAUACCCCCGGCUGUGGAUGCAGUCAUUGGGAUACAGACGGCCAUCCGAUACUUGGUACAUCAGCCUUGGGCUACCUCGAAGGACCUUCAGGCUCUCGAGAGGAUAGAGAGAAUGAUCAAUCGUCUCGCUAUUGAGGAGCGACGACAGGCACACCUUGGGGGGUUUGAUUGA